AUGGACCGCUUUGUUCACGCGAAUCCAACAGCUUCAGUUGUUGGUCGUGCAACGAAACAAAGAAUGCUUGUAGAACGAGCGGCUGAUGUUAAAAAAGCCGAAGAUGAUCUUGAGAAACAAUCAAAACUAGUCGAAAAACGAGAAAAUGAAUAUAAAGCGGCGAACAGCAAUCGAAUCCUAGCAGAGAAAUCCUUACAGGACUUCGAAGAACAGAUUACAAUUGAAAAGCAGAACGUCAAAGACAGUCGAUCGAAAUUAGAUGCGAAGGAAAAAGAAAUUCAAGAAGUUGAAAAACGAAUUCGAGAAAUCCUUGCUGGUAUCGAAACAAUUGAACAAAAGCAUCAAGAACUAAAAGAUAAAAAAGCGGAUCUAUCCAAUGAAAUGAAUUUGAGAAAACAAGAAAUGACACUUGAUCAACAUCGAUUAGAUUUUCUUGCGAAUAACAUCAAACA